GCCGUCGCCAGCGCGCGUGCUCGCCUAGCCGCUCGCUCGCUCGCUCGCGUGUGUGUGUGUGUGUGUGUUUGCGCGCGCGCGUGUGUGAUCAGGGGGUGGAUCUUGGUUCACUCGCCUCCACCGUCUCCAAAAUGCCCGGACUGCUCUCCAUGGAUGGAUAUAUUUUAAGAUUUCCCUUCGCAUUGCUAGGCGAGGCGGUUCGCCUGCUGGAGGCGUCCGCCACUGACAUCUCAUCAGGAGAAGGAGGGCUUUGAUUUCGCCCCUUCUCUCUCUCUCUCUCCCCCUCUCCCCCCUCUCUUUUUCCCUCCCUCCCUUCUUCCUUCUCCUCCUCCCCCCUCCCUUUUGCUAUUUUGGGAGGGGGUGGCUGCAAACAAACAACAACAAAAAAUAGGGACAGGGCUUGAUUUAUAACAGACUCCCCCCUUUCUCUUCCCCUCGUCCUCUUAACUCGCCGCCCCCCGGGGGCAAAACAACCCGAAAUCAGGACACGUCGUUUGGAGUGUGAGUGUGUGCACCCCCUCCACAUUUCUCUGAAACUGACGCCCCAAGGGGAAGCGAUCGGAAGAAGAUCGAGAUCGCGCAUCACGCAUCCGAUUGCCUCGUGUUUCCUAAUACCUGCGGGGGCUCAAGCCCUGCCGUCCUGGCGGCAGGAUGGAUUAGGGAUCCCUGGAUGGAGGAACCCGGGAGUACUGGAUCGCGGAAGGCCUGCUGUUGUGUCCCCUGCUCUGGGAUGACCAGAGUGGCUUCUGGUUGCUGACAGCUCCAGCAUCAAGGCAGCAUGGCCCGGCUUAUCCAUGCCCUCUGGAGUCUCUGCAUCACCACCGUCCUUGUCACCUCGGCCACACAAGCAGGUCUAAGCCGGGCUGGCUUACCCUUUGGUCUAGUUCGGCGGGAACUGGCAUGUGAGGGCUACCCUAUUGAGCUACGCUGUCCAGGCAGUGAUGUCAUCAUGGUGGAGAACGCCAACUAUGGACGCACAGAUGACAAGAUCUGUGAUGCUGACCCCUUCCAGAUGGAGAAUGUCCAGUGCUACCUUCCAGACGCCUUCAAAAUCAUGUCCCAAAGGUGCAAUAAUCGGACACAGUGUGUUGUGGUGGCUGGUUCAGAUGCUUUCCCAGACCCUUGCCCUGGCACCUACAAGUACCUGGAGGUCCAGUAUGACUGUGUCCCCUACAGUGCAUUUACAUGUUAUUCAUGUGUCCCAUCCCCUGCCCAGCAACACACUUCUUCCUUUGGGCUGUCACAAAAAGCCACCCUGAAAAAAGUGGAACAGAAAGUAUUCGUUUGCCCGGGGACACUGCACAAGAUCCUGGAACCUACCUCGGCUCAUGAAUCAGAGCACCAGUCAGGAGCCUGGUGCAAGGAUCCUCUUCAAGCUGGAGACCGGAUAUACGUUAUGCCAUGGAUUCCAUACCGGACAGACACAUUGACAGAGUAUGCAUCAUGGGAGGACUAUGUGGGUGCCCGGCACACCACCACCUAUCGCCUGCCCAACCGGGUUGAUGGCACCGGCUUUGUGGUGUAUGAUGGAGCAGUCUUCUACAACAAGGAGCGGACACGCAACAUUAUCAAGUAUGAUCUGCGAACACGCAUUAAGAGUGGAGAGACCGUUAUAAACACAGCCAACUAUCAUGACACCUCACCCUAUCGUUGGGGUGGCAAGACUGACAUUGACCUGGCUGUGGAUGAAAACGGGCUGUGGGUCAUCUAUGCCACUGAAAGCAACAAUGGACGAUUAGUGGUGAGCCAGCUCAAUCCUUACACACUCCGUUUUGAGGGAACAUGGGAGACUGGCUAUGACAAGCGUUCAGCAUCCAAUGCCUUCAUGGUGUGUGGAGUCCUCUAUGUGGUACGGACAGUCUAUGUGGAUGAUGAUAGUGAGGCAGCCGGUAACCGUGUCGACUAUGCUUUCAAUACCAACAUGAAUCGUGAGGAACCCAUCUCACUGACCUUUCCCAACCCCUACCAGUUCAUCUCUUCUAUUGACUACAACCCUCGUGACAACCAGCUUUAUGUAUGGAACAACUACUUUGUCCUGCGCUACUCACUUGAGUUUGGCCCACCUGACCCUAGCACAGGACCAGUCACCUCGACACCUCUCAGCACUACCACAACCAUUCGACCUACUACUGUCACCAGCACAAUUUCACCUGCUGCAACAACGACCACACGGCAGGCCCCACUCACCACCCAUCCCGUAGGUGCCAUCAAUCAGAAGGGGACAGAGCUGCACCCCGUCACUGCCAUUAUGCCCAGCACCCGCCGUCCACCAGCAAACAAUCAGCAUGUCUCUCCAGAGCUCUUUUGUGAGGCCAAGGAGGUGCGGCGAGUCCAGUGGCCAGCUACACAGCAAGGCAUGCUGGUUGAAAGGCCAUGUCCAAAGGGCACACGAGGUAUUGCAUCCUUCCAGUGUCUUGCAUCUCUUGGAAUCUGGAACCCACGGGGGCCUGAUCUCAGCAAUUGCACAAGCCCUUGGGUCAACCAGGUGGCACAGAAGAUCAAGAGUGGAGAGAAUGCAGCCAAUAUUGCCAGUGAACUUGCCCGGCAUACUCAUGGUGCCAUCUAUGCUGGAGAUGUCAGCUCUUCUGUCAAACUAAUGGAGCAGCUCCUGGAUAUCCUGGAUGCCCAACUUCAGGCACUGCGCCCCAUCGAGAGAGAGUCAGCUGGCAAGAACUACAACAAGAUGCACAAGAGAGAAAGGACAUGCAAGGACUAUAUCAAGGCUGUGGUGGAGACAGUGGACAACCUGCUGCGACCUGAGGCACUGGAGUCGUGGAAAGACAUGAAUGCCACAGAGCAGGUGCACACAGCCACAAUGCUGCUUGACAUCUUGGAGGAGGGUGCCUUCCUGCUGGCUGACAACGUCAAAGAGCCAGCCCGUUUUAUCACAGCUAAGAAUAAUGUGGUGCUAGAGGUGUCAGUGUUGAACACAGAAGGUCAGGUGCCAGACAUUGUGUUUCCGCAUGAGUAUACCACCAGAAACUCUAUCCAGCUGUCAGCCAAUACCAUCAAGCAAAACAGUCGGAAUGGGGUGGUCAAGGUUGUCUUCAUCCUCUACAACAAUCUGGGAUUUUUCCUUUCAACGGAGAAUGCCACAAUCAAGCUGGGUAGUGAGGUUGGCCCACUUAGCCCCUCACUUGUUGUCAACUCACAAGUUAUCGCUGCCUCCAUCAACAAGGAAUCUAGCCGUGUCUUCCUCAUGGAUCCGGUCAUCUUCACCCUUUCCCACUUGGAGGACAAGAACCACUUCAAUGCCAAUUGCUCCUUCUGGAACUACUCAGAGCGCUCCAUGAUGGGUUACUGGUCCACACAGGGUUGCCGGCUGGUGGAGACCAACAAGACCCACACCACCUGCGCAUGCAGCCAUCUCACCAACUUUGCUGUGCUCAUGGCCCAUCGUGAAAUUUACCAGGGCCGCAUCAAUGAGCUGCUGCUGUCGGUCAUCACAUGGGUGGGCAUUGUGAUUUCCCUGGUUUGCUUGGCCAUUUGCAUCUCCACCUUCUGCUUUCUGCGUGGGCUGCAGACCGACCGCAACACCAUCCACAAGAACCUCUGCAUCAAUCUCUUCAUCACUGAGCUCCUCUUUCUCAUCGGCAUUGAUAAGACACAAUAUGAGAUUGCCUGCCCCAUCUUUGCAGGCCUGCUGCACUAUUUCUUCCUGGCAGCGUUCUCCUGGAUGUGCCUGGAGGCCAUCCACCUUUACCUCAUGCUAGUCGAGGUCUUUGAGAGCGAAUACUCCCGCAAGAAGUACUACUACUUGGGUGGCUAUUGCUUCCCUGCCCUGGUUGUGGGCAUUGCUGCCGCCAUCGACUACCGCAGCUAUGGCACUGACAAAGCAUGCUGGCUUCGAGUAGAUAACUACUUCAUCUGGAGUUUCAUUGGACCUGUAUCUUUUGUCAUUGUGAUCAACCUGGUAUUCCUCAUGAUCACUCUCCAUAAGAUGAUCCGCAACACCUCUGUCCUGAAGCCUGAUUCCAGCCGACUGGACAACAUCAAGUCUUGGGCACUUGGCGCAAUCACUCUCCUUUUUCUCCUGGGCCUCACCUGGGCAUUCGGCCUCCUCUUCAUCAACAAGGAGUCUAUCGUCAUGGCCUAUCUCUUCACCACCUUCAAUGCUUUCCAGGGCAUGUUCAUCUUCGUGUUUCAUUGUGCACUGCAGAAAAAGGUUCACCGGGAAUUUAGCAAAUGCCUGCGGCACGCAUCCUGUUGCCUGCGGAGCCCACCUGGAGCCACACUGGGCUCCCUCAAGACCUCAGCCAUCCGCAGCAACAACCGCUACUACACAGGGACGCAGAGCCGUAUCCGGAGAAUGUGGAAUGAUACUGUAAGGAAACAAACAGAGUCCAGCUUCAUGGCAGGGGAUCUCAACAGCACUCCCACCCUUAACAGAGGUACAAUGGGGAACCACCUGCUGACCAACCCCGUGCUGCAGACACGGGGCGGGACGAGUCCCUACAACACACUCAUUGCUGAGUCCGUGGGCUUCAACCCUGCCUCACCUCCUGUCUUCAACUCUCCAGGGAGCUUCCGAGAGUCCAAGCACCCCCUGAACAACAGCCGAGACGCCUGUGGCAUGGACACCCUCCCGCUCAAUGGCAACUUCAAUAACAGCUACUCCCUUCGCAGUGGUGACUUUCCAGCUGACGGCACCAAGAUGGCUGACUGCAGGCGCAACCUGAGUGAUGCUGCGGCCUUUGAAAAAAUGAUCAUCUCUGAGCUGGUCCAUAACAACUUGAGGGGGGGAGGCAGUGGUGUGGCCAAGGGAGGUGGGGGUUCCACAGAGACCUCCAACCCCCCUGGGCCCCCUCCCCCUCCCAAUGUCGUAGCAGGGGGAGGGGGUGCCAACAAUGAGGAUGAUGCCAUUGUGCCUGACGCCCCUUCCUUGACCCAUGAGGAGAACAUGGAAAUUGAACUCAUGUAUAAGGCCUUAGAGGAGCCGCUCUUGCUUCAGCGGGCACAGUCCAUCCUCUACCAGAGCGACCUGGAGGAGUCGGAGAGCUGCACAGCUGACCUGACAGAGGGGGGUGAUGGCCAAGCCCCUUCUCCCAACAGGGACUCUUUGUACACCAGUAUGACCAACCUGAGGGACUCCCCAUACCCGGACAGCAGCCCUGAGGCAGUUGGGGAAGUGCUUCCUCAUGCCCAAGCCAUCAAUGAAAUCUACUACACCAACCGGCCAGCCUUGGUGCCACGCAACCAGCUCCAGGCCUACUACCAAGUCCGGAGACCCAGCAAUGAUGGCUACUUGGUCCCCGGAAGCUUAGAAAACCCAGCAGUGGAGGGAGAUGGCCAAAUGCAGCUGGUGACCAGCCUCUGAGGGGCUGAAAAGGGACUGAGGGACCAUGCCUCCCUGCCCCAACGCGGCAUCCUUGCCGUGACCUGAACAUUUUCAUUUUUUCCUGAAGGAAAGGGUGGGGAAGAAGAGAAUGGAGCAGGGCUGGGGAAGGAACGGAGGUGAGGAAGUGGAAGACAGAGCUGAGGCAGAAGGCUUCUCCCAGGGGGUGGGCAGCCAUUUUGUCCAGCCUUCCUUCCCUCCAGUUAGUUUUCCAAACAGAAAACGACACAUUGCCAAUUUGGUUAUGUCGGUUUCAUUCCAGGCAAAUGCAAUGGAGGAAAGAGAGCAGUAUCUAAGCAAAAGGAUCAGACUUAUUUUGACAAUGCCUCCUAGAGAAUAGGGGAGGAACAACAGAUUGCAAAAAGUUUAAAAGCUGAAAUAAUAAUGGUUUUUAUGUGACUAAAAAAUCAAAGCCAUGAGGGUGCCCCAUGCAGAAAGUGGGGCACCUGGGGAAAUGCCCUGCCCCCUGGCUCAGUACCUGCUCUCCACCCUCCCCUUCCCCUGACUUUCUUGGCCUGUUUUCCAGAUCUUGAGGAACGAACAGGGCCUUUAUGGCACUUGGGCCUUGUUGGGGCUUAGUUGCGACUGUUGCCAAAAAAUAAUCAGUGAGAGAGAAAGGUGUGAUGUGUGGGGAGGGAGGAAGGAGUUGCUCCAGUGAUGCGAAGCCCAGGACCUGCCUCCCAGUAUUUGUUGGUUGCCCACAGUUUAUCAACAGGGUUUGCAUUUAAGUUCCUUGUUUCUUUCAGAUUGGCAGGACAGCAGGAACGCUUCCUUUGUUUCUUUGCUUUCCAAAGCCCGCAUAGGAAUGUUUGAUAUGCACCAUUCUUUCUGGGGAAGGAGGAGGAAGCAGCACUGAGGUGGCUACCUUUAGAUUUUGUUUUGUUUUGUUCUGUUCUGUUCUCUUUUCUUUUCUUUUGGUGGCUGCAUUUGCUGGCUGUUCCCCUCAUAGUUGCUUUGGUGUGGCCACCCAGCUUGAAAUAAAAUCGCACAAAACUGAGAGGAGGAAGGAUGGAGUGGGGCACUUCUUCCUGUGUCAUCUGCUAACUUGGCUCCAUCAGUCCCCCACAUGGCCUGCUGAGCUCCUACUCCAGCGUUUCACCGAGAUGCAAGAAGAAUACGCUAAUCUUCCUUCUGUUUCAUUCCUGCCUACGAAGAAGCAAAUGUCAGGAGUAUCUGCAAUGCAAAUAUGGCUGCCGUCAGAACAUAUUUGGGACCAUAUGGGGAGAAGUAGGAGUGCUGAACUCUUUUUUCCCCCCAAACUAGAUGGAUCCAUCCUUCAGAAAAAUGACAAAAAACAAAACAAAAACAGCAACAAAACAUUAACCCAGACUGCACUUUUUUCCCCAAAGGAAAAAGAAAUAGCAAAUCUCCCUCUUCAAGCACAACGCCGACUUUCCUCACCGGCUCUCACCCUGAGAGGGCUGGGGGAAGCAGCCAGUCUCACCUGGAGGCAGCAUAUCUCUGGGGCGGGCGGUGGGCGGGGUCCAAGCGGGUUGGGCAGGGGGGAUGUGAUACCAGUUCAAAUGCUGUAAAUAUGAAAUCCUAAAAACAACAACGAAAAGAGAAUUGAUUUACUCACUUGAAAAAGAGGAACAAAACAAAACCAAGGAACUUUUCUAUCUGGGUUUUAAAUAUAUCUAUAUCUAUAGAAUAUGUAUAGAUAUAUGGCACUCAGCUCUGCUCUGGCCCCAUGCGUGGAAUGGGAGCAUGCGAGGGACAAGAAAAUCCCUGCUUUGACGAAGACGACGGGGAGACCCAGCAAGAGCAGAUUUUUACAAUCAAAAAAGAAAAACAUUUUGGCACAAUUUUUAUGUAAUAUAUAGCAUAUACUGCGUCAUUUCUGUGACAAUGAAGCAUUUCCCCUUUCCUGCCAGAUGAGGUACCUUUUUCAUACAUCUCUACAUGAAGUUGGUUAUUUUUUCAUUAACUGCCAAUUUGGAAUUGUGGGUGGGGAAGAAAAAAACACCACACGUUCUUAUUGCAAGACCCAAAGAUGCGGUGAUUCUGCAGUGCCCCUGGGUCCAGAAUAACCCUUUGCUUAUAAGAAUUUCUGCGGGGACAGUGUGCUUUCAUUUUGUUCUCGGUUUGUUUGUUUUUUAAGCAACCACAUAGUUUGUAUUUACUUGAAACCCUCAGGCCAGACGUUUCCUGGUUUUGUUAUUGGGAGCCCCAAAUGCUUGUUUUGUUUUCGUUUUGUUUACUUUUUUUGUCCUCUCCCAGCUAGAGAAGAGAAGCAAAAAAAUGAACUGGCAUUUUUAGAGGCGCACUUCCCCUGGAGUAGGUUGCUCCCUCCCUUCUCUGCGCUGUGCAAGGGUGGGAAAGAAGAACCCUAGGACCCAAUUCUAGCUUGCUCUCUGCAGGGGCAACAGAGCCCCUGUCUUCUUUUCCAUCAGUGGAUAAGCCGAACCCUGAUGCCCUUGGGAUGGAUCAAUUUGCUUUAGCUGCUCUGUUGUCAUUGGACUAGGCCUGUUCACGUGGUGUCUUCCCCUAAAUACUGCAUACUUGCUGCACCCAGGGAUGCCCCUUAAUUGUUUUUGGUAAAGAGAGGGUUGACUAUUUUCCCUUUUGAUCUGUCCUUUUCUGCCAAGAACCCAAAGAGCAGUUGGGCACAGCCAAUAACAACAGGGGAGUAGAAUAUAAUACACUGUAUGACUGUAGAAUAAGACAAGCUAAUACUGCCCUGGAGCUCAGAGCUUGAGCAAAUGACUUUUAGCAUCUGGGCAAAUGGUUUCUGGUAGAAUUGCUCAGAGUUUUCCAUGCAGAUUUUUUUUCUAUCCAACCCACACCACACAUCUGCAAGAGACUUCUAAAGUGUUCAGCAUUUUAUAAUUGGGUCAUUCUUUCAAAGGGCAUGGGGGACUGAGUUUGGGGCUUUGGUUGUAGUAAUCAUUCCAUGAAAGUUGGAAGGAUAUUGUGGGGUUCCUGAUGAACACCCGUCUGCCCAGACUCCUUCCUACCACUCUUUUGAUCUUGGUCCAGAACGAUCUUGUUCACUUUCUUAGGUAGCUGCCAUACCCUUGUAAAGACAAGGUCCUACCCUCCUCUCUCUGCCCCAUUACCAAACUGUGGCUCUGAUCAAUCCUCUCCCAAUACCAGAUGGCCUUAUUCACCCCACUUGCAUUUGCUGCAUUGGCCCAAGGAAGGCCCUGUGUUCAGGAACCUCCUUGGCAUUAUCACCAAGAGGUACCUCCAUUUGGAAACCUCAUAUUAAAAACAAAACCAAAGACAUAUCUGCCCCCAUCCCCCCUCUACGAAUGACGCUAUAGAGGUUUGAGUAUUUAGCAGCACAGCCUCAAGGUUUUGCACUUUCCAGCUUAUGGUUAGCUGUGAGUAGAGGUUCACACUGCAGUUGAGAUUUGGACUUAAUUUGGAGGAAGGUAUCCACAAAUUUGAAUAUCAAUGUUACACUGUGAUCUGUCCUGGCAUGAGAAGGAUGGGGGAAGGGGGCCAGCUCUAGUAGAGUAGCAGCUAUGAGGGGAGGAGCUUUUAGCAUCUAGUUUCUGGAAUCAGCCCAGAUGCUCCCAGCCUGGAGGUGCUGAGAUAGGUGUUGGUCUUCAUCAGUAUGAAAUAAAUGCAGAUUCUCGCUAGUUGCAUCCUUUGCAUUUUAUCAUUGCCCAGUUCCUUUGCUACCACUUAUCUCAGUGCAAAGCAUUAGCGUUUGAAUCUGAGAAAGCUGCUUAGGCACCCCCUCACACACACACACAGAGUGCAAAUUUAGGCUGCUGGUGAGGCUGUUGAGAGCCCUGUCUCGGAGGAUGACAUUGUGGAGAAGCACCCUUGCCAGCCAAAAAGUUUGGAGUGAAGGAGACAGCGGGGAACAUAUGCCCCUCCAGGGGCUGUUCAAGGCCAGCUUCUGGUGGCCUAUCAGUGCCCCCUCUGAAGACUUCACCACUGGCAUCAAUAGCAGCAACACUCCCAGGAAGCUGUGAGUCGUCCUGAUGGUAAAGGAACUGCCAUUUAAAUUUCCCGGAAUGCCCCUGAUGUUGGGGCCAUUGCAGGCAAUUAGAACAGGGGCUCUCAACUAGCUUUUGGCACAUUGAACAGGCUCAGCAGCUCCCUAAGGAUAUUGUGUUGAUGCUGGGACCCUCCUCUCCUAGCCUUUUAUCCACAAUUUCUUCCCUCGAUCAGCUAGUUCUCACAAUAGAGGUUGGAUUUACCUAGUCCAGUCCUGAGGAAUGAAGGAUAGAGAACACCCCACAACGCAUAUUACCAAAAAACCAAGAGAACAAACUAAAAACCGUGCCUGGGUUGUAUUUAUUUUGAAAGGCUACUUUUUCUUGAUUGCAUACACUGUUCAUCAGUUUAGAAAACCUCUUUAUCCCCUAAUCCUAGUCCAGCACUUUUCUUUUUUCUUUGUAAGGAAGACACUUCAGCUCUCUGGUAAUUUUAGCUACCCCUUUUUGAACCUUUUAUUUUCUGCGAUCUCAUUUUUUGAAUGAAAAUGCAUAUUGUGUUCGAAAUAUGGAUGCAUCAUUGGUUUAUGGCAUUGUGCUUCUGUUUUAUUUUAAGUCUCAAUGGAAUCUGCUGGGGUUUGGUUUUUUAACUGCUAAAGCAAGGCUGAUCUUGUUGAAUUUGUCAUUCAAUCCCCCAGAUCCUUUUGCUGGCCCAUUUUCUACCCAUUAACUUGGUUUAGAGUUUCAACAGCUGAAUAGAACUUCUGUUCAUAUCCAGCAAUGAUAUUAACAGACCCUUCCAGUUCACCGCUGGAUGCAAGAGCAGCCUUCCCCAGCCUAAUGCUGCACGGGAUGUAUUGAACUACAGCUCACAUCCUCCGUAUUCAGCAUGGCCGCUGGAGAUCAGAGUUGUAGUCCAAUGCUUCUCUGGGGGCACCAGGCUGGGGAAGUCCAACUUAAAACAGGGUCACGGUUUGCUCCUGAGGGUGUUCCUUGAGUCCGCAUGGUACAGAUGCUCCCACUUUGGUCCAGCAGCAGGCCCUGGGACAUGAUAUUGCUAAGCCAGCCCAGGCGUUUUGGUUCCAGUGUCUGUGGCAUUGCCGUUCUGAGGGGGGGGCAGAGGUGUCUAGCCUCGAGCCUGCGCUGACUGAUGGACUGGCUGUAUUUUUGUGCAGAGUUCAUCUGUGUUAUAUUCAUAUAUUUAAUUUAGAUCACUGAAGUCUCAAUCUGGGGAUCACAGAAGGAAUGAAAAAUCCUGAAAAUAGCAUGAGUAGGAUAGUUAGAAAGUAUUCCUGGUCCACUGUGAACCCUCGGGAGUCACUUUUAUGGCCAGACCAAGCAAGGGCUUCCCUAGGAGAGAUCUGCAUAGGCUUCCUUUCCUGCUGUUGCCUAAAGCUGGGGCUGAGCAGUGCUGGAAAUUCCAUUCUGUUCAAACCUGAUGGGAUUCUGCAGCAUUUACAUUCCAGUAAGCAGAGGCAGGCUGUCAUGGUUUGUUGUUAUUUAUUUAUUUUUCAGUUUCUGGGGCAAAGGGAAAUAGUCCUUUUUCCAGGUUCUGCCAUUUGUGAAAAUUCAGGAAGGAUCUUGAAGUUUGCACAGAUGCACACAUUUUUCUACCUGCCCUGUGCAAAUAAGACCCCCCCCAACACACACACACACACACACACACACACACUCUCUCUCUUGUAAAUAUCCUUGUCCUUUCAAUGCCACAGAGCCACAUUCCAUGCAUGUCAAAGAAUUUGUCAAUUUUAUCCUCCCCUGAGCAAAUUGUUUGACAAACAGAAUGUGGCUUUCAUGGGCUAAAAGCAGUAACCAGCCAGGAUGAGGCUGAGGAGGAUAUUUAUGAGAGGAAAAUAUGCUUUUGUGGGGCCAAAUAGUGGACAGGCAGAUGUGUGCGUGACUGAGUGGUGGGAGAAUAGAACAAAAUCCAUGGGGUUGAACUGGAAGACGUCCCUUGAGCUUUCAGCCCUCAGAUGGAGUUUUCACACCCCCUUGGUUUACAAUGCUAGCCAUCCUGGGCAAAGCCAGCACUCCCUUUUUUCUUGUAACCCAUGAAGCUGAAACCUCUGGACUACAGCUCUCUUUCUCCCCCCUUUCAUCUAAGACUUAUGCAAACCCAUGAGUUCCUCUCACUUAAGCAAAAUAUUCCUUUUAGCUUGUCCAGAGCCAUCCACCAUUAUUGCCUUGGUGCAAUGAAAGCAAAUGGGUGAGUUAGCCCAAAUUUACUCCCCUCUAGCCUUCAGGCCAGAAUAGCAAGGAAAGUAUAGAGCAACAUCUCCAACAAGGAUAUGGCCCCUGAUUCCCAUUCUUCUAAAGAUGGUUGGGGAAACGGGCCUCUGUGCCUCACCAACUCCACGACCCAUCUGGGCCAUGCCUGUCUUCUGUAUCACUGGCUGUCUACAAGCCACCAUGGGGGGCACUUAUGCAUAAGCUAGUUCAGGACAGCACUACCUCUAGGGCAACUUUAAACUCAGAAUCUGCUGCUCUAAAAGCCACUCCGAGCUUACUUAUUGGAAGCAGUGGCACUCACGCCCUAACCCCUCUUGUGCAGGAGUAAAAUGCACUCCAUUCUCUGCCAGGAACUCUCAGGCUGCCUCCAGAACCCUCAUUUCUGAGGAGGAAGGAUGGUUCUUUUGCAAACUCUGUGAAAGGACAGCUAUAAAGCCUGAACCAUCAACCAGCAGCUAUCAAAAGUGGAGAAUCACCCAUCCUCCCCAAACUGCACAGGCAAGGUGUGUGCUCCAAGCAAUGGGGCCUCCCUGUUUAAGGGGAGUCCAUUUUCACAUGACCUUGUACGGGGACUUCUCCGGUUGGCUAAGGCUGAUGUUUAGGGGCUCCUUUUACAAGCAGUUCCUCGCCUCGUUCAGAUCUUGGCAGUGUGCCCUAGACUGUCUGUCUUACGUCUGUGUGCAGUGGUGCCAUUAAAUGAUUUUAAACUAUUAUCUGUAGGGCCACUUGGCAACACCUGGGGCCAACUCUGUUUCUCUACCGUGCCAGUGAUGAUGGGGGAACUAUUCUGCCAGGCCCAGCAGACGCAGGGAAGUGUUUGCGAAGGAAGAAGAAAUGGAUGCAAAGAGGGAGGGAUGCUUGGCGGCAGAACAGGAAAUGGCUGCAAACUCCCCAGACCGAACCUAGGGCUGGAUUUCUUUCCAAGCCACACUGCCUCUUGGAAGCGGCCCCCGCCCCCACCCCCAGCCUCCACUGUCAUUCCCAGUUCAAUUUCCCUCCAGGUUUACCAGUGAAGCUGUGCCUUUUGAAUGGCAGCAUGAAGGCCCGUGCCCCAGAGCCGAGGGCCUGCUGGGAAGGUUUGCGAUUCAUUCUCUCCCUCCUUGGUCCUGCAAUGUCCCCCUUCUACAGGUUGGUGCUGAUCCAUUUCUAUCUCCACACCAUUGCUUUUGUCCACUUUGCCUUUUUUCCUUUCCAUAUCUCUGUCUUUGGGUUCCCUUCCCUUUCUUUCAACAUGCCAAACCAAUUUUGGGUCGAGUGCAUUAAACAGAAAAAAUAUAAUAAUGAAAAUUUUAAAAAUAUUUAAAAAAUGGAAACUUGUUGAGUUACAAAAAAAUUAAAACAAUAAAGAAAAUAUGAUUUCUUGGAA